AUGGGUUUUGGGAUUGUUGCUGUCGCGUAUAUUUUAGCGCUCUUACUUACUGUGGCUCUGAUUUUCCUCGUCAUUUAUCACAUUAUCGCCUUUGAUGAACUUAAAACGGAUUAUAAAAAUCCUAUAGACCAGUGUCGAAGUCUCAACCCGCUUGUGCUUCCAGAGUACUUCUUGCACGGCUUUAUUACUCUGUCCUUUCUUCUGACGUGGCAGGUGGUAGCACUGUUUAUCAAUAUACCUCUUCUGGCGUACAAUAUACAACGUUAUGCAAAUCGUCCUGUAAUGUCUGGCUUUGGAUUGUACCACCCGACCACAGUGCUCACGAGCAGUGAGCUGAACAGAGCAAUGAAGGAGGGUUGGGUUAAGUUGGCCUUCUUCAUAUUAUCGUUCUUCUACUACUUAUAUGGACAAUGUCUCUGUUCGCUGUCAAACGAAGUCCCAGAACAGCCAGUCCUCAGCCCGCGGUCAGGCCAUAUAUUUGAGCGUCGUCUCAUUGAGAAGUACUUAACGGAAACCGGAUGCGACCCGAUCAAUCAACAGCCACUGUCACCAGAAGAAUUGAUAGAGGUCAAGACAGCGCCUUUUGUCCGGCCGAAACCUCCCUCUGCCACCUCAAUUCCCGCCAUUCUAAAAGCGUUGCAAGAUGAAUUAACGAAGGAAGUUACUGCAGCUCGUGAAGCCUUGGCAACCCUAAAACCGCAGGCCGGCAUUUUGCCCGGUAACCAAGCGGCUGCUCAGGCACAGCCUACGCCUUCUGUCGAGAUGCCCGAAAGUGCGGCUGGUGAUUCUUCUAACCUUCAAGAGGAGAUUGGUGUCUCUGAGGCCGUAGUUACAAGACUUCAGGAGCAGGCGGCCAAACUGACGGCUGAACGCAAGCGCCGAGGCAAGACUGCUCCCGAGGGUCUAGCCAAACCCAGUGCCAUUUCGGAAUACCAACAGAUUGCUUCCCAUGUUGGUCUGCAUUCUCCCAGUGUGCCGGGUAUUCUGUGCCUUGACAUUAGCAAGUCUGUCAUCUCCAUUCUCCGUGGACACACAAAGAAGGUAACCAAUGUAGUAUACCACCAGACCGAGCAGUUGGCCUUUACUGGCUCUCCGGACAGUACUGUCCGUGUGUGGGGUGUGGAGCAAGGCCAGUGUGCCAGUGUCAUUCGUGCUCACAUGGGUGCCAUCACAGGUUUAAGUGUACACGCCACUGGUGACUACCUCCUCUCCUCAAGCUCUGACGGCCAGUGGGCUCUGAGCGACCUACGCCUGGGCCAGGUUCUUGUUCGGGUCACCGUGGAGAAGGACGGAGCAACCCAAGGCCUUACGUGUGCCCAGUUCCACCCGGAUGGUCUUAUUCUGGCCACCGGUACAGUCGACGGCGAGGUGAAGAUUUGGGAUGCCAAGGAUCAACGAAAUCCUGCCACCUUUACCCACGGCGUUGGGGCAGGACAUCCGUUGACUGCAGUAGCGUUCUCGGAGAAUGGUUACUACCUGGCCACUGGUGGAGCCGAUGGGCAAAUAAAGUUGUGGGAUCUGCGAAAACUGAAGAAUUUCAAGACCCUGGCCCCAGAGCUCUCUCGCGGUGGCGGCGUUUUCGAAAUAAAGGACCUUGAGUUUGACCAAUCCGGCUCUUACUUAGCUGUUGCCGGCUCGGAUGUUCGCGCCUACCUUUGCAAACAAUGGGACGAAUUGGCUGUUUUCACGGCGCAUACCUCACCCGCCACUGGCGUGCGCUUCGGAGAAAAUGCCACAACCAUCAUCUCCUCUAGUCUGGAUCGCUCAAUUAAGAUUUACGGCCUCCAGGAUGAUAAAGACUCCCAGGAAGCCAUGGACAUGUAG